ACGGUUGCUCAACAAUAGGUGGUGCCCUCCUUUCCGCCUUCAUCAGAGACAACUGCCCUGCACCCUCUGCUCACACAGGGAAGAGCAACUCCAAAGUUGAGCCAGAAGCCCAGGGACUGACCGAGCAAGACCUAAGGGACUGAGACAGGAGGAAAGAAGCCCUUGGGGCCCUUUUGUCUGAGGCACCCUAGAGUCUGAGAGGGAAAUGGAGCUUCCAGAAGGGGGCUGGAGAUUCUGAGCAGGAAGGAAGACCUGGUUGCGGACCGAGAUGCCUCCAACUCCAGAGCAGCCUUCUGGGCACAUGCAGGGGCCUCCUGCAUCGGAGUCAGCCUUUUGGCCCCUGUUGCCCUGCGGGCCCUGCAUCCCCAUCAUGCUGGCCCUGGCUGCCCUGGCUGCCAUCUUCCUCCUGACUACGGCCGUGUUGGCUGAACGCCUGUUCCGCCGCUCUCUCCGCCCAGACCCCAGCACUUAUGCGCCCACCUUGGUCUGGCGCCCUGGAGGAGAGCUGUGGAUCGAGCCCAUGGGCACACCCCGAGAGCGCUCCGAGGACUGGUAUGGCUCAGCGGUUCCCCUGCUGAUGGACCGGGACCCAGACCCUCCCACCCCGGGGGGCACCUUGGAGGCACGAGCUACAGCCCCACCUGCUCUGUCAACCCCAAACUCUCCUUCCAGUUCCUCAGUCCCCCAGAUCCCACCCAAGGUCCCAGCCCAUAGCACCUUCUGGAGGCCCCCUGCCUCAGGCCUGGUGAGCUGGAUCGAGCCUGAACAGAGGCCAGAAGCCAGUGUGCAUCUAGGGAGCCCCCAGGCCCAGAGGCAGCGGCCGGGAAGCCCUGAUCCUGAGUGGGGCCUCCAGCCUCGGGUCACCCUGGAGCAGAUCUCAGCUUUCUGGAGGCGUGAAGGCCGGACCAGCGUGGGUUUCUGAAUCCCAAGGGCCUGGAGGACUGGACUCCCAGAGUCCCCUGAGGAAGGUCCAACCUCAGAGGAAUCUUAAGACCCUGACCAAAGAACCUGAGUUGACACCCCAUCCCUGGCAAAGAAUGCCCCUCCCAGGCCUUUUCCUUCUGGAUUUGAGCUCCCCCUGGAUCUGAGCCUGGGCAGGCUGGGUGUGGACAGAGCCCGUGCCACAGGGGAAGCUCAGCGGUGCCUUUGCUUAGCUGCCUGGGGCUGCGGCGUGGAGAACUGGAGUUGGGGCACCCUGGGUAAGAAGCUGCCAAAAUCACAUUCCGGAUUAAGAACUCAAGGUACUAGACAGGCAGGAAACAGCAUAAACUCAGUGGCUCCCACCCUCCUUCAGUCGGCACCCAAGAUGCCAACACUGAAGUGCAGGGUCCUGCGGAUGCUGAAGAACAGACUGGGUAUGAUGACGAGGGUCAGCAGUGCUAGCAGGAGAGGACAGGAAUCCUGCUUCCCAGAAUCACAAGUCAUCCCUCUGGAAAAACACAUAACGAGAGGUCAAGACCAGGCAAAAGACCAUCUUAUUACAUCCAAACUGUGGCUUUGAUCCCCACCUUGCAACAAGAGGCCUUCUCUUGCCUGCAGCUGGGACCUACAGUCAGAAAAGGCCAGCGGGCAGCACGUCCUCUGGAGGCCGCCACAUCUUAGCCCUCUGGAUCUUAUCGCUCCACGGUGAGGGAGGCUUCGGCCAAGGAGAUCUGAGUUUGAUCCAGUGUGGAAACGAAUACUCUCCUGGGGCAGGGCAGCUUCCAAAACAUGGCCUCUGACCAUCUUCCCCCCCAGCUUACUGGAGUGGUUUAAAAAGGCAGAUUUGCCCCAAGACAGGCUUACUUAUAAUGCUCCACCCCAUAGAAGUGGAGCCCCGAUCUCAGUAUCAGCCGAUCUCCCCUUUGGGAGCAGAGCCAGGGGCUGGGAGAGGUGAAGGAGUUUCCAUUCCCCAGGGUCUGACUUCCCAAACUUCAGUCCUGAAUGCUAGGAUUUUUGUCAUGUCAGUUUACCACCUGUACUUCAUAGUUUUCUUUAAAUUGUUUUACCAUUUGCUUAAUAAAUUUAUUUUACAAGGAA